CCACAGAAAACAGCGGUCGUGCCGCUGAAUUGAUCCGGCGUCGUCGCGCGGAGUCCUGACGCGUUCACUCCCUCAUUCAUACUUCACUACAGAGAGUGCAGAAUUGGACCAUUGUCUGCUGGAUUACUUGCUUUUUUGGAAACUAGUAUGACAAGGAGUUAAAUAUUUCCCCUAACUGAAUGACCCCGCUGAUUUCUUGUGCUCAGCAAUCCUCGGAUGCUUUUCUUCGAGCAACUUCUCCUUCUUAGAGCUUUGAGUCAAACGUCGGGGUUGUUUUUUUUUACUUUGAGCUUAGAUAUUAUUGUGUAGACAGAUAGUCGAGUACAUUAGCUAUGUGUUGUGUAGGUCGUCUUUUGCAGAGCUGGCGCGAAAAAUGAUUGCUGUAAACAGCGAGUGUAUAACUAUGGUGAGAAGAUGCCUGCUGACGUUCAAACCGUUCAGGAUAUUUGUGGCGGGGAUCGGUUUCUUCAGCCUGUGCUUCUUAAUGACCUCUCUGGGGGGUCAGUUCUCCGCCAAGCGACUGGCCGAUUCCCCGUUCAGCAUCCGAACUGAAGUGUUGGGUGGUCUCGAGUCUCGUGGGGUCCUGCGAAAGAUCAGCGACAUGUUGGAAAUCAUCAUGAAGAGGAUCGACACGUUAUCAAAGCUGAGCAACAACAGCGAAUCCCACAAACUGGAGGAGCUGAGCUCUGCUCUCCACAGAUUCCAGCCGGUGGGUUUGGUGGAGCGAAUUCAGGCCAUCGCCCAGAACGUGUCCGAUAUGGCUGUGCGGAUGGAGCAGAUUCUGAAGAAGACCAACAUCCCAGUCAGAGGCCGAGAUGGAGUUAUGGGCCAGUGUGAAGUCCCGAAGGAUCCCGGGUACCCGGACUGCGCCAGUAAAGUAGAUUGGAUGCGAGCCAGGUGGACAUCGGACCCCUGCUAUGCCUUUUAUGGUGUGGACGGCUCCGACUGCUCUUUCCUGGUGUACCUGAGUGAGGUGGAGUGGUUCUGCCCCCCGAUGGCCUGGAGGAACCAAAGCAGCAGCCGCCCAACAAUCAGCAGCCUGCCAAAAAGACAAGCGUUUUUCCGCUCAGAUCUGUCUCUCCUGUUGGAGCGGGUGGGCUCAGGGAAGGAAUCUUUGAGCUUCAUGAGGAGACGCAUGCGCAGACUGGCCGCACAGUGGACUUCAGCUGCUCGUAGACUUGAGGAGCGUCUGCAAGGACGCUACAGAGAUCAGAAGAGGAUCCUGGUUCACGUGGGCUUUCUGACGGAGGAGUCGGGCGACGUGUUCAGCCCGAAGGUGCUGAAGGGUGGCCCGCUGGGAGAGAUGGUGCAGUGGGCCGACAUCCUCAGCAGCCUGCAUGUGCUGGGACACAACCUGAAGAUCUCGCUCUCCGUCAAAGAGCUGCAGGGCUCACUCGGUGUGCCUCCAGGAAGAGGGAGCUGUCCUCUGAUUGGCCCGCUGCCUUUUGACCUCAUCUAUACAGACUACCACGGCCUGCAGCAGAUGAAGCAGCACAUGGGCCUUUCCUUCAGACAGCACAGGUGCCACAUCCGUGUGAUCGACACCUUCGGCACAGAGCCAGCGUACAAUAAUGAGGAAUAUGCCACUCUGCACGGCUACAGGACCAACUGGGGAUACUGGAACCUCAACUGCAAACAGUACAUGACCAUGUUCCCACACACUCCUGACAACUCCUUCAUGGGUUUUGUGACCGAGGAACUAAACCAGACUGAACGAUUCAACAUAAAGAGGAACAAAGUCAACAACAUGGCUGUGGUUUACGGCAAAGAGGCCAGCAUGUGGAAGGGAAAGGAGAAAUUGCUCUCCAUCCUGCACCGGUACAUGGACAUCCAUGGGACAGUGUACUAUGAGGCCCAGCGGCCCCCAGAGGUGCCCGUGUUUGUAAGGAACCACGGCUUGCUGCCCCAGGAUGAGCUGCAGCAGCUUCUGAGAAAGGCUAAGCUUUUUAUGGGAUUUGGAUUCCCCUAUGAAGGCCCCGCCCCUUUAGAGGCCAUAGCCAAUGGCUGCAUAUUCUUGCAGCCGAAGUUCAGCCCCCCUCGCAGCUCCCUCAACCAUGAGUUCUUCAGAGGAAAACCCACUUCCAGAGAGGUGUCGUCACAGCAUCCAUACACUGAACAGUACAUCGGCAAACCCCACGUCAUAACAGUAGACUUCAACAACUCGCAAGAGUUUGAAAAAGCUGUUCAAGAGCUACUCAAAUACAAGGUUGAGCCGUUGAUACCAUAUGAGUACACCUGUGAAGGCAUGCUGGAGAGAGUCAACGCUUACAUCCAACAUCAGGAUUUUUGUCAGCGCAGCAGCCCGUUCCCUGCAGCCAACGAAUCCAGAUCGUGGCCUGGGAAUCCACCCAGUCCUUUCCUCCAGCUGCCCAACUCCACGGCUUUGAUCUGGGCUCCGAACAUCAGCGCUCCGGCCUGCUGGCCCCCCCUCAGCGCCCUGCGGCUCCUGCUGUCUCCAGAGGACUCGUCCUGUGUGAAAACAUGCCAGGACGCCGGCCUCAUCUGCGAGCCAGCUUUCUUUCCUUUCAUCAACAACAUCGAGGCCUUCAAUGGGCUUAAUGCUCAGUGUGAGUCUCUGGAAGCGGAGAAGAACCAUGUGUUUCCAGCCGUACAUGUGGACAGGAGAGAGUGUUUCCAGCAGAAGGAGCCGCUGCUGUUCAGCUGUGCCGGAGUCAGUGCCAAACACCAGCGGAUCUGUCCAUGCAGAGACUUCCUCCAGGGCCAGGUGGCGCUAUGCAGAGACUGCCUUUGAGCUCCAAACACCAUCACCAAAACACAAGUCUGUGCUAAACUGAGGCCGGUCCUGACAGUCAAACAUGUCCGAGUCCCAGAGCGCCUAUGUCAACAGCUUCAAGGGAAUUGCUGGAGAAGUGGAGAAGCGUUUUCACUCUUGGUUCCUUUGAUCCCAAGAAAAAAAAACAUUGUCUCCAGAUGAGCCGCGGAUGGUAAGAGAGGUGUACCCUGAUGUUAAGGGCUUCACCAUCUUUCUGGAGGAGUUCAGUCGGCGGUGGAUUCGAAAUUGAAAGACGUGAACGGAAAAUAAACAAGAGUUUGAGGCUACUUUGUGAUGCAGGUCAGACUCUAGAAGUUGUAGUUUUAUGAAACUGCAGAUGAAUUUUAAAGUCAACAUGAAACGUUAUGGAGUGUUGCAGGGAUGAUGUAUUUUUGUAGGCUAAAACUUGGAAACUAGUUACAUUUUCCUGUUUUAUUGUCGCAAAGUCCAUGAGUUUUUGGAUUUUGGUUAAAUGUUUUAAAUGAGUUCUGCUCAAAUUUAUACACAAUAAUCUUGGAAAAAGUGGAGGCUAAGAGUCUGAUCACAUCAAACACAUGUGCUCUAAAAAAUGAAUGGCGCAACUUAUCUUUUUAUUGACUUUAAAAAAAAGAGCAGUGCACUGCACUUUUUAUUUUGCUAGGCAACCACUGCAUCAAUAGUCUUUAUGCUGGAGUGCAUGACAUCAGGAGAUUUUCUGCACUUUUUUCUCUUCAGGUGCACAGAAUACUCUGUUAAAAACUCAAGACGCAGCAGAAGGCUAGAAAACGAGAUGGCAGGGGAUAAAUGUUUUACUUUUAAAUGUUAAAUAUUUAAAUUAUUUUAAUAUUUAAGUGAUUUAAAUAAAGUCCACCAUAAGUGAAGUUUAGUUAUAAACAAAUUUCGAGAGGAUCACGUGCUUAUGAUUGCUAGCGGCUGGAUCCGCAUUAUCCAAUUCUCAAUGCACCAAUCAGACGACUCCUAAGCUACUAUAAAUACCCUGGGUGAUGUACCUCCGCUAUCUUCUUUUUGAAGAAUCCCCCCAUCUACCGCUACUCCUCCAUCUUCCAAGAUGGGUGACACGGUGGCCCAGUGCUUAGCACUGUUGCCUCACAGCAAGAAUGUCUCUGGUUCUAGGCUUUACCAAACCAGCAGACAUUUCUGUGCGGAGUUUGCAUUUUCUCCCCGUGCUCACGUGGGUUUCCCCCGGGUUUCCCGGUUUCCUCCCACCGUCCAAAAAACAUGCAACAUAAGUUAAUUGACUAAUCCAAACCGGCACUAUAGACAUGCUCCUAGUAAAUGGUUAUCUCUCAAGAGCAAUCACUGGUUGUUCAUUGGUUAUUACAGCGGGGGAGUUCUCGAGAUCUACCUGAGCUCAAACUCCCCUCUCGCCUUGCAACGGGAGGCAGCCCCGGGCUCGAGGAUCUUAUGAGCUCAGGGCUCUCUCCCGGGACAGCAUGCCAAACAAGCUUAUAAUUAAUCAUCAGCUAAGUGUGAACUCUUGAAAUGUACUUAAAAUAAAACAUUGCUAUUUUCAAGGCUGAUAUGUUUAGCAAAUAUACUCUCAUUUAGGUGUAACAAUCAAGGAACUUUUUUGUCGUACCAUGGCUGCAGCAGGCACAAUGAUAUUAUACAGUGCUGUUACCUUACCUAGCUGUGGAUUAUUUUUAGUUGCUACAUAUUAUCAUUGUGCCUGCUGCAGCCAUGAUACAGUGUCAAAAUCAUUUUUAUUUUCUGUCUUAGUACACGAUGUAACUACAGAACAGUCAAUCUUUAAACAGGAACAUUAUCAAAACUCAUUAAACAGGAACAUUAUCAAAACUUUUCGAGUGAGAUGCUAACGGUCUAAUCCAAUUCAAUUAUUUAUGCUAAGCUAAGCUAAGCUAAAAUCUCAGAGAUUGACUGAAGGGAUAAAAUAUGGU